AUGGCAAAGCUCACUAAUGAUGCCGACUAUGAUGACGGCGAAAUAUUUGAGAAUGUAUCAAGUCCACUGUCUGAAGCUGGGAAGCAUGACAACUACUAUGGCAGACGACUUUGGACUAGAUCAUCUGGACUCGUAAAACUUGACGCAUCUCAGGAAGCUCAGCCUACACUUGUUCUCCAGCCUACCCCUACGAGAGUGGAGAGUAGUUCGACACGUUCGCUGCAGGCUAAGUCCCAUGGCAAGUCGAUGGUUACUUCAAGGCAGGCCAGUGACAGAGGUGCUGCUUCACUUCGCUCAAGCAACAAGUCAUCAGCUCGACUUCCUGAAUUGAGAGAACAUUUGGAAAAUAAGGCCCUCAUGACCUGUUUCCGUUCCUGGGUUUCCGACUGCUGCCGGCCCGAGAACCUACCGAUAACGGUCGUAGAAUCACCGAGCGAACUGCUUUGUCAACUACAGCUUCUGCUUGAGGCCAACAGCUUUCUCUGUCUGCCAGAGGCCGACGACAGCCCAGAAAAGCUUCAGAAGCGUUGUAACCGGGCGGAAGCGAUUUAUCGGUAUUAA